UUCCUCGUACAUCUGCGAAUGCCGAGAAACGAAAUCGCAGUCUAGGAAUACUCUCGGUAGACCUGUGUGGAUUGGAUAAUUCUCCGUUGAGUGAACCAUGGAAACUUGCUGCGAAGUCUUCGUGAGGUUGCCGUCGAGUGGCGUGCUCAAGUCGGUAUUGGUACCUCAUGGCUCUUGUGUUUCGGACUUGCUCAGCUCGGUUUCAGCAUCACCUGAGGGUGGUUCGGAAUACUUCGUCCUGCAAAACGGUUUCGUCAAACAUUGUGACGAUGAAGUGCGAGGCAACGAAACCUUCGAUCUAUGCUGCCGCCUUCGAGGUGGCAAAGGUGGCUUCGGAUCGAUGCUCCGAGCCAUUGGUGCGCAAAUAGAGAAAACUACGAAUCGUGAAGCUUGUCGUGAUCUGUCUGGAAGGCGACUUCGAGCAAUAAACGACGAGAGAAGAGCUCGACACUACGCGAGGCUGAAAGCUCAGAGAGAGAUUGAGCGAGAGCAGAAAAGGAGGAAGAAACUGGAAAGCCUCGCCACCUCCAAACCUCACCAUGAGUUCAAUGAUGAGCAAUAUCUAAAAGAUCGUGUAGAGAUCCCCGACCGCGUCGAAGAGGCCGUCGAGCAAGCUUUCGCAGAGGUAAGUGAGAAGAGAUUAUGUCGAGGAGAAGAACCUCGCUCUCGAUUCCGAUACGCUUCAUUCGAGUCCCGCCUAAUUCGGAAUUCUCCUCAGGCCUCACCUGGCCCGUCAGGAACUAAAAGAGCAGCAGAUGAGGCGUGCGCCGCCGCCUCACCGAAGAAGAUCAAAGGAUGGAUGGGUGACCUCGAAGGAUUCGAAGAUUCGGACUCGGAGUCUGAGAAAGCUGACAACGAUUCACCUUCGUCUGGCUCUGAGGCGAGAGCGUCAGUUUGACGCUCGGCUGACGACGAGCGAUAACCAGAAGACUCCCCCGGUAUUCAUAUCGCUUCACAGAAAUUGAUGUACAUUCAUGAAAGGAACCUGACGGAGGUGCCAGCGAAACCACAACGUAAUCUAAUAAAAA